AUGUCUCCGCCGCCCGACCAUGUCCCCCACACGCCCGACCGCCGCUCCUCCACCCAGGCGCUCUUCACAGCCUUCCGCUCUCUGACGGGCGGCCGUCUAAAGAGCCCGACGCCGCCGCCCUCUGUCUCGUCUGCCACCAGCACGCCUGCGCGCACUCCCUCGCUGGGCACCAUACGUCCCGGCUCCAUCCCUAGCCCGCACUCAGCCGACGGUACCCUUCAACGCAUCAGCCAGGUCACAGGCCAGCGGACGGGCAAGCCUGUUACCGGCGGACCACCAGAACUCGACGACCUGAUCGAGCAGCUGCAUCGGAACCGCCCCUUCGCCGAGCGCGCCGUGGCCGUGGACAAGAUAUGUGACAUCCUCGAGGCGUAUCCCGUGCAGAACAUACUGGGGCUAUGGUCUGUCGCAAGCGACUUGCUCCUUCCCGAACAGCCAGACGAUGUCGCAGAGGCGGGGUACAAGCUCCUGAAGAGCUGUGCGUCCCUGUCUGACCUGGCCAGCAUCGAGCGCACUCUCUUCUUCGACGCCGCUUGUCUGCGUAAGAACGACCACUUCUUCGACCGGAGACUUGAAGUCAUUACCACUCUCACCAAUCAUGGGCGCGACAUUGAUUCGUGCGAGUCGGGCAUGGUCUCCUUCAUCCUGACCUCCUUGGACAGCUGCUUCCAGGCUAGUUGUGAUGCCUUCCGCGGCAUGAGGAGCAAAGCGAAUGGGAAAAGGAGUGCCGCCAACCCUCCCCAAGAAGCCGCAAACAUGUUUCGAGCCUUCCAGUAUGCUACCGACAUCUGCAAGUUCAACGCCAAAGUUUUUACCGACGACGACUUGGAUCUUCUCAUACGACGGACGGUCGCUAUCUGCAGGGCUACAACUCAUCGACCUGAUGUCGAGUGCGGCGUCAAACUUUUCGAUACAAUCGUCACCUACGUCCAUAUCCCGAGGCGCUCACUUCGCAUGUGUCUCGAGGUUUUGUGUGAAAUCCACAAGAGAAUCACCGAACUUCAGGAUCAAGCCUGGAAUACGUUGAGCAACCUGUUCAAGUCUCAUGUUGGUCAGGCUGCUAUAUCCGAACUGCUGCAUAUGCUUCUGGACGGCCCAAGCCGAGAGACCUUGGAAAACGACGGGCUCAAGAGGAAGCUAGAGAGCAUGUACAGGGGCACGACUCUGGUCUUGCGCCUUCUCCUCUUAGAGGACGGCCGAAAUGAGCUGCCCAAAGUGCCCCUGUCCCUGCUCUUCCCAGCUUUGAACGCUUCCAUCAAGAUACCAGGUACCGACCAAGAGCAGAUAGUGGUCAGCCUGAUAGAUGCGGUUCUAGCUCAAGAAGGCAUGAGGGACCUGUUGCUUGCGGAAAGUGACUUGGGAGACAUGCUUCAAGUUAUACGUGUAUGUGCAGAACGUGACGACGAGCGUAUCCGAACCAAGACGACUAGGUUGGCAGAUCAUGGAAGCGACACAAAGAAGGACGUCAUUGAAAGACAGAUGUCGCCUCAUGGAGACAGCUCAUCCAAUGCUAGCAGAGCAGAGCAUAGCAACGACGCUUCUGCACCCCACCCGGAGCUCUUGCGGCGUGACUCAGAUGACGGUAUAUAUCAAGUGUUGGUCAAACUAGAUCACAUGAGCGACGCACUCGACUUCAUCCAACGCGAGGCUGUGAUGGAGCUCUUCUUGCUAAUCUCACACCGUAUCAGUGAUGCGACUGCGGAGAGGGUCAUACAAUACUUUGCCACCGGACGCUACCUCAACCCUUCGAACGCCGGGUGGCUUGAUCUUUGCCACCGUCUGGUCUCUGGUAUCUUCGACGAUGCUACAAGACCGCGCUCACUUCGAUUGCUCGUAAUCCAGUCGCUACGGGAAACGCACGAUGCUGUUGAGUUACUGUGUUCGAGCCAAAUAGUAUUGGAGUCCGAAGAACUUCUUCUCAGCCGGAUCCAAAAAGAAGAGGACAUAGAAGUCUUGCAAGAACUGGUGGACUUCGCGAUGAAGGUCGCUGAUCAAGCAUCAACGGCCCGCUUCUCACACAUUGUUCUCAUUUUACAGCGACGUCUGGACCGCCCACAAGCUUCCAUGACGUCCUCUCUACCGUCAUGGCAGUCUCACCCCUUUCUUCUCAAAGAAGAUGGUUGUUCCCCUUGCAACAUCAUCGCAACUGCUUACGUACGGCUCUUCACUCGAAGCGUGACACAUUCGGCGCAAAAGACACGCAUUCUUUACGAACUACUACGGCAAAUUGCUGGAAGGGACGCCUAUGCGCAUGAUGCACGUCUUACUGCUCUCAAACUACUAUUCCGGUUACGCGCUGAUGCCCGCCACGCUCUGAUAGUCAGCUCUGACCCUGAAGGCCAGAGGAUUGCCGCUGAACUUUGCCGCACCGAGGAAACAGCGGUUGCACCGGAGAAGAUGGAUGAAGGCUCAGCGGGUGACCAUAGCAGAUCAGAAGAUACUCUCUCGUGGCGCGAGCAACGCAAGACUUCUGGUUCAAGUCCUCGGUCUUCCCUCAAUCGACAUACAGGCCGCACAACUGCUCCAGCCGGUCGUGUUUCGAAACCGAUACCUCCCUUGUGGAUGUAUCCUGGUCCCAAAGGAUUACCUGAGGAACCUCCAUCUGACUCAAGCCGGGUCGUGUUCUCUCACAUUGACGCGGCAAAAUAUCCCCUGGAUGAUGACAUCUUAGACAUGGAAAUUACACUGUGGCUCGAGUUGAUCAUCUCACUUCUACAGAGACCACCUGACUGGGAGAUCUAUAGUUACGUACUCGUCCAUCUUGGACCUCAACUCUCGAACCAGGCGCUGGUCCGCAGUUGUGUUGCUCAGCUCAAGAUGCUGCGAAAUGUUCUUUGUGAACAGGUGCGGAAUGCGAGCUUCCACGAACCUCCGCCACACACGCUUCUGAAAAAGGCUGAUGUUGCAGUGUGCCUGUUUCACAUACUGACUAUCAUCAUCAGCUAUCACGAGUAUUUCGAAAAGAGCGAAGAAGACGAUCUUGUUAAAGCAUUCCUGCAGGGCAUCGUACAAUGGGAUAGAACUUCAAAAUGGUGUAUUCACGCACUGUCGGUCUGCUGUUUCGAAAUCCCGCUCUCGGUUAGCAAGUCGCUUGACAGCAUUAUUCAGAAAAUGUCGCAAAUCAUCACUAAGCCGGCCACGGCGAUACACAUCUUGGAGUUCCUCACUUCUUUAGCGCGUCUUCCGGAGCUCUUCAAGAACUUCCGUGAAGACGAGUUCAAGUUGGUUUUUGGUGUGUGCUUCCGAUACCUACAACACAUACGCGACCAGCGUGACAGAACGGUCAAUGGGCAUUCGUUGCAAAGUGGGCAUCGGACCCUGCGGCAUAGUGGUGCAUCGCGAGACUUUGCGGCAUCGUCAGAUUCCAUUGCAAACAAGCCAAGAAGUGUUGAGGACGACUUACCCCAGUAUCUUUACUCGCUCGCGUAUCACGUCAUUACAUUCUGGUUCAUGGCAUUGAAGAUGGAGGACCGUCCGAAGCAGAUACCGUGGAUCACGAAGAACCUAUACUAUACCGAUAGCUCUGGGAGGCAAGUCAUGGAAGAGCAAGGACAAGUCAUUUUAGAUAUCAUGAAUAUGGUAGCGUAUACAGAUCGCGAUGAGACGACGCGGGAGGAGAGCUCCUUCAAACCUGGUGAUGGCGAAGUCUGGAAGAAGACCUGGAUCGUUGGUAAUGCUCUUAUAACAAUAGAGACUGCGGCAAGGACAGGUGCCUCCGUCGUUACAACACGUCGGCCAUGCGGUACUCGCUUCAUCAAGGUGCGGCCCCUAAUUACCUCACCGCCGCGACAUCAAGUACCGAUCACUAUCGGCCUUGCCUCUGAAGCAUUCUACUCCAACACUUAUGUUGGAAUUCUACCAGACGACAUCUUCCAAUCCUUCUACGCGCCGCUCGACCUCAGUAAUCCGCCAAUUCCUUUGCCCGACGACGAGCCGACACGCCGUGCUAUUACUACAUUCGACCGAAUCGCAACGGUUGACAACUACAAAGUGGGUGUCAUCUAUAUUGGCGAAGGCCAAACGAACGAAAGAGAUAUCUUCAUGAACGACAUGGGGUCCCCAGCGUAUACCGCGUUCCUUAGCGACCUAGGUACCUUGUGCCGUCUGAAGGGUGCAAAAUUCAACACUGGUGGUCUGGACACUCGCGAGGAUAUUGAUGGCGAGUUUACCUAUUGCUGGCGCGACCGCUGCAUGGAGCUCGUCUUCCACAUUCCUACAAUGAUGCCUACCAACCGCGAUGACGACAUGACAUACCCAAACAAAAAACGACAUAUUGGUAACGACUUUGUCAACAUCAUCUUCAACGACUCAGGGUUACCUUACGAUUUUAACACAUUCCCGUCCGCCUUCAACUACGUACACAUCGUGAUUUCCCCAGAGUCUAGGGCUAGUUUCGUUGACCGUCGACUGGACGCAGAUCCCGACGGCAGGAAUCGCUACUACAAGAUCCAGACCAUUUCAAAGUCAGGCUUCCCCGAUAUAUCUCCUGCUGUCGAGACAAAGAUUCUGUGUGGCAAGUACCUUGCUGACUACUGCCGCCUUAUGGCCAUCAACGCGGUCGUCUUCUCCAGUGUAUGGUACAUUCGUGAAGGAGGCGAGUCUAUAUCAUCCUGGCGUAACCGACUUCGCGAGAUCAAACGCCUCCGGGAGCGCUACGGCGCAAAUGAUGCUCUGCCAAGCCACCCACCACCUUCGUCACCAGCGGGAAGUCAGGGUUUGUCGAGCCCGCCAUCUCGCGAACAAAACCUAGUUUCGCCGUUCCAGCGCAUGAGUAUCGCGACUCAUAUUACCGAUGGUACCAGUCGCAGUUCCGUCAGCAGCUCCUCGCACGAUGUUUGA